AGCUUUUGCGGGCCCGAGCGAAUUUACUGCAGUUUUGUGCCCCAAGCUUGAGGAUGUCACGAUUUGACAUUUCGAAGUUGCUCCAAAGAGCCGCCCAGACUGGACCUGUAGUAGCAGGAGCCGCUGCUUUGGCGGGUGCUGGAUACCUGGCGAGCAAUGCCAUGUACACGGUGGACGCCGGACACAUGUCGCUGAAGUACAGCCGCCUUUCGGGCGUUGGCGCUGGCACAUACAGGGAGGGUGUGCACUUCAUGCUGCCGUGGCUUGAGCGCCCGAUCAUUUUUGAUGUGCGGGCCAGACCGCACACGAUGACCUCGCUCACUGGAAGCCGCGAUUUGCAGAUGGUCAACAUCUCCUUGAGAGCAUUGUGCAAGCCAGAUACUGCGAAGCUUCCGGAUAUCUACAGGACUCUAGGACUGGAUUUCGACGAGAAGGUUUUGCCCUCCAUCAUCAAUGAGGUGCUCAAGAGCGUUGUGGCACAGUACAACGCGUCUCAGCUCAUCACGCAGCGAGAACUCGUGAGCAGGAUGAUCCGACAAAGGCUCAUUCAAAGGGCCUUGGAAUUUGGAAUCCUCCUAGACGACGUUGCCAUCACCCAUCUUAAUUUUAGUCCUGAAUAUGAGAAGGCUGUAGAGCAGAAGCAGGUGGCACAGCAGCAGGCAGAGAGGGCCAGAUACCUGGUCUUGAAGGGCUUGGAUUGGCUGACCUACAACCCCCCGCAGAAGAAGCCAGAGUGGACCGGGCGCACACGGAACUUCAACUUCUUCACCCCCAGGACGCCGUGGCUGCGCGGCUUCCCCUUCUGCGUCGCGGAGGGGUUUCGGUGCUACUUGAGAUGCAAAGGUGCCGACAUCAAGCACGUCUACAUUUCGCAGCCCGACGAGUGGUUCAACCAAAUGCUGAGCUCAACAAACCCCGACUGUCCAGAUUGGCUGCGUGGGGUUUGGCACAUGUACGAUAACGUGGCCAACGAGACGGUCGUCACGAUGGAGGACGCGAUGUGGAAAAAUGGGAUCGGCUACAAGUGGCCCUUCGUUAACUGGACCACCGGCUCCAGCUGGUGGGGCUCCGUCUUGCUUGGAAUGAAGUACAGCUUUGUCUGCGCACUGCAGAUUUCUCCGGACAAGAAGUGGAUUUCCUUCUCGCGGGACGACUACAUCUACGUCCUCGGCCCAGAGGACAAGAUGGUGGACGCUACUGGCAAGGAGAUUCCCUUCGUCGUGGGCCAAGACCUGUUGAGGAUCACUUGGACCAACGGAGACCCGAAGCAGGGCAUCUACUACCAGUAUCUGAUGCGGAAAGUUGCCUACAAGGACGAAGACGGGAAACUGGUGAAGACGCCUGCCUACCAGGAUUUGCUGGACAGAGCUACACGGCCGACAGCGGCCGGCUGUUGCUGCAACCUCUGCCUAUGCAACGUCAGCGAUGAGGACUACCCGUCCAUCUACGACCAGUUGGACGAUCACCAGCUGCUGGUGCUGAACGAGACCUCCUACCCCGCGGCGGAGCCAGCGGACCCGGCGGACCUCACGUCGAGGCCGUUGCUGGCCAAGGAAUAGGAGACCUCUUUGGGGGAAAGCGAGGUUUCCGGUUUGGGGUUUGGACGAAAACCAGCCAUGUGCGUUCCUUAAAAUAGGGGAGCCCCUGUUUUAGGACACACCCGAAUGCCGACAAAUGUCGGACGACGCAUGUGAGCACCCCAUGGCCCAUUGCACUGCGAAAUGAUGACGCCGUUUCUCAUCUUUGUGCC